AUUUUUGGUCAUAAAAGAAGAUAAUAAAAAAACGUGGUAAACUGUCAUUUCAAAUACUGAGAGAGCUUCAAUAUCUGUGCCAGUGACAUAUUUGAUUAAGAAAUGAAUUGUAGCCUGUAUUUCAAAGGUCACAGUCCUCCAACCAAAAGUCUUUGCAAAACCAUGUUUUAUACACCAGACCAUCAACAACAUGGAAGCUUUGAAAAUCUGGUCUAUUCUGCUGGCUGUUCUUUGCUCUUUCUGCCAAAGAGCUACAUCAUGCGGCUUAUCAACACAUCUUGAAAUAGCUCACAGAGCUCUGGAAUUUUUCAGCACACAAAAAGGAAAUGUUGACUACAAGAAGUUGCUGCUAACCCACCAGAAUGCUUAUCAGGCUGGGAGUGCUUAUCCUGAUGCCUUUUACUCUGGUAUCUGCAAACAUGGGCUAUUUCAUCAAGUAUCUGAAGACACACAUUGGGCACCCUUUCUCAAUACCAGUAUCCACUACAUCAGAAGGAACUAUCCACAGCCCUGGGAAGAGGCUGCAGAGAAACUGGUGGCUUUCCUUUUUGGAAUCACUUCUCACAUGGUGGCAGAUGUGAGCUGGCAUAGUUUGGGGAUUGAGCAAGGUUUUCUACACGCAAUGGCAGCAAUUGAUUUUCAUGGAUCCUAUUCAGAAGCUCAUAGUGCCGGUGAUUUUGGAGGAGAUGUGCUGAGCCAAUAUGAGCUUGAUUUUAACUAUGUGGAUCCAAGCUGGUAUGUACCUGUCAAAGAUUUAAUGUCAAUCUAUGAGGAAUUUUAUGGCAAAGAAAUUAUAACUGAAGAUGCUAUUAUUGAAUGUGCUUAUCUACAGUUUCUUCAAUUGUAUGGAGAAACGCUCAGUGUUGCCAAGCUUUACCCUAUCUAUGCCAGCAAGUCUCCAUUUUUGGUAGACAAAUUCCACGAGUACUUUCUUGGUGGUGUGGAUGAUAUGGCAUUCUCAUCGAAUAACAUUUUUGAGCUUACAAGUCAUAUGUUAACAAAUGGGACCAGUGGCUGUUUUAUUCCUGAGAAUCCUUUAUAUAUACAGUGCAAACAUGAACCCAGAAAUACUAUUGCGCUCAAGCAGUUGAAAACCAAGCACCAUAGAAACAUACCUCCUUCAGUGGCAAAAUCAGCUGAAAGGAAGAUCAACUAUACAGAGAGAGGAGUUUAUUUUGACAUACCCCCUUUGAUCACGGUAAGUCUUUCAGAAAUAUAUGCUGCAUUUACUAAGAAUUUCAGGGAAGCAUUUGCUGGCACACAGCAGCAUUCUUCUAAGUACAUCACGCAGCCCAACGCUUCCUAUUUCCUGACGACUCCGUAUGCUAGACUUGGAUGGGCAAUGACUUCAGCUGACCUAAACCAGGAUGGAUAUGAUGAUCUUAUAGUUGGAGCACCAGGAUACAGUAAACCAGGAGGACACAUUCAAAUAGGACGCGUGUAUAUUGUUUAUAGUAAUAGUUCAGGUUUGCCUUAUGCAGACUUGAACUUGGAUCAGGAAGCAAAUGAAAUACUAGAGGGAACAAAGGUUUCAGGAAGGUUUGGUUCUGCAGUAGCAGUCCUAGACUUCAAUGAGGAUGGUGUAAUGGAUCUUGCCGUGGGAGCUCCAUCUGUUGGAUCUCAGGAGCUUACUUAUGGGGGCUCCGUGUAUGUAUUUUUCGGAUCCAGUGGAAGAAAAGGUUUCUACAACCUGCCAAACCUGACCAUAGUCUGCCAAGAAAUAUACUGCAACCUUGGCUGGUCAUUGCUGGCAGCUGAUAUUGAUGAGGAUGGAAAUAAUGACCUGCUGGUUGGCUCUCCUUAUGCUCCUGGUGGUGGAAAACAAAGAGGAUUGGUGGCUGGGUUUUACUCAUUUUUCAACAGAAGCAGCCAAGGUCUGCUUUCCCUAUUGGAUGCUGACUGGAUGGUAAAAGGAGAACGAGAUUACGCAUGGUUUGGAUCCUCCCUCAGCAGCAUCCGACUUCAGAAUAUGACCUUGUUGCUUAUUGGCAGUCCUUCCUGGAAAAGCUGCACUGGUUUAGGCUGCUAUUUCUCACAGGAUACUAAACAGGCUGUUGGAAGGGUGUAUGGCUAUAUCUUACCACACACAAACAGCUGGUUUACUUUAACUGGAGACAAGGAAAUGGGGAGACUGGGCUCGUCCUUGGCAACAGGUUUCAUUUCUGUUGAAGGAACUGCUAGGCACGUGUUAGUAACUGGGGCACCAACACAAGACACUACAUCCAAGUAUGUAUUUAUGACCUCUGUGAUACGCCAAGCAGGAUCUGCUGUAAUGUAUGCGAUGGUAGAUGGUACUGUCACAGACAGGAACAUGCCUCUUUUGCUCAGUACUUUCAGUGGGGACAAGAGAUUUUCACGGUUUGGAGAAGAUGUACACCUAAGAGACCUGGAUGGUGAUGGAUUUGAUGAAAUCAUUAUAACAUCACCUCUUCGAACAGAAGACUUCAUGGAUGGAAUAUAUGAAAGACAUGCUGAACGUGUUUAUAUAUAUAGUGGUAACCAGACCACUUUGGGUAAAGUAACUGAGCAUUGUAAACCAUGGACCUCCCCUCGUCCUGAGGACUGGGCAAAAUAUGUGUUAAUUUCACCUGAGGAAAGAUCAAGAUUUGGGAGUGCUGUAAUUACAGUAAAAUCUGGACAAAAGAAUGAAGUUGUAAUAGCUGCAGAAAGAAGUUCAGUGAAAGCUCGACUUGCUGGAAGGCUUUUUAUCUACAGUUUUUAAUGGGGGUGCUGUUCUGUUGAGUUUGCUUUUCAUCGAAAUGUCUAAUGUAAUUCCUGUUUUUUUGAAGCUCAGAUUGUUGAAAAGAGCAGAUCCUCAUCACAUUGAGAGUAUGAACAACACUAAACUUUUUAAUUAAUGAAAGCUGAGAUCAUCUCUGAAAGUUAGUAAUACUCAGUUUGAAUGCCCAUUAUUGCUGUUAAAAGAGCAAUAGUGUGG